AUGGGCACAGCCAAUUCGCUCCCCCCACAAAUACAAUCAUGUCUUCUCGACGACAAAGAGAUCCAUUUUACGCCGGUGAAAAACUCCAAAGCCCCCCGCAUAUGGGAUCGCAAACCCUCGACAUCGUUCCUCAAUCGUGCAAAGCCCCGGAAGGUGUGGAAGCGCUUCCGGUCCUCGUUCAACAGCAUGAAAGCCCUGCAGCAAUUGAUUACGCCCGAUGCGACCGGCCUUAAGGAGAGCGAGCUCCUGCACGAGAUCAACGCACGGGCAAACGCGGAUUACUGUCGCGGUGUCAAGCGCCAGUGUCGCGUCUUUCAGAGAUCUUCCGACGAAGAUGACAGCGAGACACCCAGCGGACGCGGCAGGUCAUUUCUCGAAACAAAAUGGGAAUCGGAGGUCUCGCGGAAGCGACGCAAACUCCCUGCGACUACAAACAGCACAGACGAACACAUGAUUGAUGAUGACCUGCAGGAUGAUGAGGAUGAGGAAAUGGCCGAAGUCGGGGAACACUCGGGUGGGACCACGUCAAGCGGGAACAGUGCGGUGCAGGAACCUGAGAAAACCGGCGAAUUCCCGACGCAGACCCCGGGCCCUGGUAAUAUCGGGGCAGCGAAUCCCGAAGCGCUACAUGGUGAGCCUAGUUGCCUAGCGAACAAAGAGCGUGGGGUGAUCGUGAACAUAAAAUCCCCCGACACUAUCAACCUGGACGAAGUUCGUGGCCUUACGCCUACACAUGCUGCAGACAGCGCAGCCGCCACCGAUGAUGCAUCAGAUGUAGCGACGGCAGCCGAUGAGGAGCCGCGACCGGAUGUGGCUACGAAGGCUUUAGAGACCGAGAGCAAGGAUACAAUGGCAGUACCGGUAGAAUUAACGACCGAGCAAGAGUCAACACUCGUCAGAUCGGCACUGCGCAGCUCCCUGGACGGGGAAGAUACCGCACUGCUGAAUGACUUUCUAUCCAAGGCCAAAGCGAAACGCGAAGCCAAGGCGGCCGCAGAGGCAGAAACAGCAACACCAGUUAUCGCGUCGGAUCUCGAAGAACAGGAGCAAGAGCAGCCGCCUACGCCGCAGCAGCAGGUUUUUGUUGAGAUUCCCACUCCCGAGCGCCGCGCGCUAGAAGACCUAGACGCCAACACUACGUCGCCGCAGAAGUCGCCCUCUAAGGCGGACGAGAAGGAGGAUAGUACGGGUGACAAUGAUUCUUCAAGUCCAGUUGCCCGUCGGAGCACGCGAGUGAGGUCGCUCCAGAGAGCGGCAGCGCCGAGUUCCCGGACGACGCUUUCGCUUCGUCGCGCGAGGGGAAAUGAAUUCGUUUUCCUUCAACGGACAGACGCACAGAAACUUGCUCUGGAGACUCGACAAAACACGAAGCAUAACAGGGGAGAUGCUUUGAUGCCGAAAUACGUGCUGCAGAACUUGGGUCGCACGCCAGAGCCGAGCUUCAACAUCGCUGAUGACGGCCUCAGAAGGAACAAUAAGCCGAAGAAGUACGUUACCUGGAACGAAGAACGUCUGGAGGAGUAUGAGGGCGAUGCGUCAGGGAGCGACGACGAACUAGCCAGCAGCAAGCAGGAUUCCAAGGCCACAACAUCAAAGCCCACCGAUAAAAAGAAGGAGGCAGGCAGUCGGCGCACUUCUUUGCCCCAAUCGUCGCUAAGGACUGGUGUUGCUGCGCCGGGUUCAAAGACCGCGCCUGCAGCUGCAGCGACUACUGCAUCUCCAACUGCAGCCACCGGAAGUGCAACUCGGGGCCGUCGCGUGCGGCGGUUGGGACCACCCAAGCCACUUGAAUCCACCCUCAUCACAGACUCCUCGAACGACUCGACAUCAUCGCCUUCGUCGCCCACCGCGACCGCGGGAUCGACUCCUAUCGCGAAGCGGAAGAAAUUGAUGCCCAAGUCGCCGAAGACCAUGACCAGGACGUCGUCGAAGCUCCCUACCGCUGCUGCUUCUGGCUCUAAUGACGUGCCCUCGCUACUGAGUGGUGGGCGCUCAGUGAAGACAAAUCUGCUCAAGGUCAAUGCGGGCUCAACGCCCAUGCCGAGAAGAGUUCGUCGAUCUUGA